AUGGAGGCCACGAGUGCGCAGACGACGAGCGUCGCGGAGCCCCCCCACGUAUCGGGCCAGUCCAACAAGCCGCUUUCCCGGCCGGCUCACGGGCUGUCGAGUGACGAGGUGCUGCGGGAGCUGCAGUCCGACCCUGCCCGCGGCCUCACGGGCGAGGACGCGGCUCGUCGGCUCGUCGAGCUGGGCAAGAAUGAGCUGGACAGGAAGGAGGGCGUCCAGCCGUUGGCCAUCUUCUUGGAGCAAAUCUUCAACGCCAUGACUCUGGUCCUGCUGUUGGCUCUGGGCGCCAGCUUCGGCAUCAAGGCCUGGAUCGAGGGCGGCAUCCUCGCCGGCAUCAUCGUGCUCAACAUCUUCAUCGGCUUCUUCCAGAGCCUGCACGCCGAAAAGACCAUCGACUCGCUCCGCACCCUCGGAUCCCCGACGUGCAGCGUGUAUCGCGAGGGCGACACCGUCAAGAUCCAGACCGCAGAGGUCGUCCCCGGCGACAUCGUCGACCUCGGCACGGGCGACUCGGUCCCGGCCGACAUACGGCUCCUCGAGGCCGUCAACCUCGAGGCCGACGAGGCGCUCCUCACGGGCGAGUCGGCGCCCAUUGCCAAGAACCCAGCGCUCGUGUUCGACGACGACACCGGGCCGGGCGACCGCCUCAACGUCGUCUAUAGCUCCACCAUCAUCACAAAGGGCCGUGGCCGCGGCGUCGUGUUCGCGACGGGCAUGUUCACGGAGAUUGGGCUCAUUGCCAGUGCAUUGCAUGGCGGCGGCCGCGACGAAAAGGCAGUCGUGGAAGAGAGCAAGACGCCGCUCACAUACGUCAGGCGCUGCUGCAGAGCCAUCGUCAAGUGGCUCGGAGAGUUCCUCGGCCUCACCCACGGGACGCCGCUGCAGCGCAAGCUCGCGCAGCUGUUCCUGUGGCUCUUUGCCUUUGCCAUCAUCUGCGCCAUCGUCGUUCUCGGCGCCAACAGGUUCGACACGCGCCAGGACGUCAUCCUCUACGCCGUCACGACCGCCAUCGGCACGAUCCCCGUGUCGCUGCUCCUCGUCCUCACGGUGACCAUGGCUGCCGGGACGAAGAAGAUGGUGGAGAGAAACGUCAUCAUGCGGAACCUGCAGAGCCUGGAGGCGCUGGGCGGCGUGACCAACAUUUGCUCCGACAAGACCGGCACCAUCACGCAGGGCCAGAUGGCGGUUAGGAAGGCCUGGCUGCCGGGGCUCGGCACGUACUCUAUCGACACGGGCAACGAGGUGUACAACCCGACCGUGGGCAGCGUGUCGCUCCAAGAGAAGCAGCCAAGAGAUAUCGACGGGGCAGAAAAGGCGGCCGAAACGCCACAACAGAGCAUCUCUCCCCUCGACGAGCCGGAGGUCAAACCCGUGCUGCAGUGGUAUCUCAACGUCGCCUCUCUCGCCAACCUGGCCACGCUGGAGCGGGUCGACGAAACGAGCGAGGAUUCGGAAAAGCCGGGCACCACGUGGAAGGCCCGAGGUGCUCCUACAGAGAUCGCCAUCGAGGUGUUUGCGGCUCGGUUUGGGUGGAACCGCGUGAAGCUCUCCGAGGGCUCUGGAGCGAAAUGGACGCACCUUGCCGAGUUCCCGUUUGACUCGGAUGUGAAGAAGAUGUCUGCGCUGUUCCGGGAAGCUCAUUCACAGGAGACUCACAUCUUCACCAAGGGAGCGGUCGAGCGCGUCUUGGACAGCUGCAACCGUAUUGCCCAAGGCGAUACCAUCGACGCUUUGACCGACGCAGUGAAGACAGACAUCCUCGCCAACAUGGAGGCUCUAGCCAGCCAAGGGCUGCGCGUCCUAGCCCUAGCUCACAAGCCCGUUCACGAACCAGUCUCCUCCCAGCCAUCAGACUUCACCCACCACUCUACUGUGGCGAGCCACAACCGGGAGUCGCUGGAGCAGGACCUCAUCUUCCGCGGUCUCAUCGGCAUCUACGACCCUCCGCGGCCCGAGUCGCUGCCCAGCGUGCGCGCCUGCCAGGGGGCCGGCAUCGUCGUGCACAUGCUCACGGGGGACCACCCGCAGACGGCGCGCGCCAUCGCCACCGAGGUCAGCAUCCUGCCGCCGGCGGACCAGAUGCGCCUGCUCCCCGCGGACGUGGCGCGCUCGCUGAUGAUGACGGCGCACCAGUUCGACGCGCUCUCGGACGAGCAGAUCGACGCGCUGCCGCAGCUGCCCCUCGUGGUGGCGCGCUGCGCGCCGAGCACAAAGGUCCGCAUGAUCGAGGCGCUGCACAGGCGCGAUCGGUACGUCGCCAUGACGGGUGACGGCGUCAACGAUAGUCCCAGCCUGAAGCGGGCGGACAUUGGCAUCGCCAUGGGGACCGGCUCGGACGUGGCCAAGGAGUCGUCGGAUAUCAUUCUCACCGACGAUAACUUUGCCUCGAUCCUCAACGCGGUCGAGGAAGGGCGUCGCAUCUUUGAUAACAUACAAAAGUUUAUCCUGCACGUCCUCGCCGCCAACAUUGGGUUCGUGGUGGCGCUCCUUACGGGGCUGGCUUUUAAGGACGCCUCGGGCGUGUCCGUCUUCCUCCUCACACCCGUGGAGAUUCUCUGGAUGCUCAUGGGCACGGGAGCCUUUUGCGAGACGGGCCUCGGGUUCGAAAAGGCGGUGCCCGACAUCCUCAACCGUCCCCCACACGACCUCAAAUACGGCGUCUUCAGCCCCGAGUUCCUCCUCGACAUGGUCGCCUACGGGCUCCUCAUGGCCUGCUGCACCAUCGGCUCCUUCACCGUCGUCAUCUUCGGCUUCGACGACGGCAACCUCGGCGCCAACUGCAACAACGCCUACUCGGCGGCCUGCAACGACGUGUUCCGCGCGCGCGCCACGUGCUACACCACCAUGACGUGGAUCUUCCUGCUCUUCGCGUGGGAGCUCAUCGACGCGCGCCGCUCGCUCUUCUACAUGCCCCGCGGGGUCCGCGCCUGGGCGCGGCACCUCUGGGGCAACCGCUUCCUCUUCUUCUCCGUCACCGUCGUCUUCUUCGUCGUCUUCGGCACGCUGUACAUUCCCGUCAUCGAUCACGUCGUCUUCAUGCACACGGGGAUUAGCUGGGAGUGGGGCGUCGUGUUCGUCGCCGUGGUGGUGUUUAUGCUCGGCGCGGAGGCGUGGAAGUGGGCUAAGAGGGUGUAUGUGAGGAGGAGGGCGGCGCGGAAUAGGGGGAGCGAGGGGCAUUGGGCUGGCGUUGCGUGA